GGAAGAAAAACUGGGAUCGCUCUGUCCCACAUCCAGUCAUCCAGCCAUCCAGCAUCCAGCAUCCCAGCACCCAGCAUCCAGCCAUCCAGAGAUAUCCAAGCACCAUCCCGUAGCAAUGACACACGGCGGUCAGGGCAAGAAGAAGGCCAAGGUGGUGUAUCACAGCACCGGGGCACGAUAUGUUGGAAACAAGGUGUCCAAGAAAGAGGCCCUCAUACACAAAGCCAAGGUCAAGCGGCAAUAUCACAAGCUGCUCAAGGAAGAGGGUCUAGACAACACCCAGCCGGUUUCAUUACAGGCGAUCGAUCUGCAACCAGAGACGCAGGGUGCUUCGGGCGCUCCCCAAAAGCCGCACUCGGGGAGCUCAAAACCGACUCCCUUCAAGAAGGUACAGAUGGAACUCGAUAAGAAAAAGGCAGAAGAGCAGCGGCAAAGAGAGGAGGAGCAAAAGCAAAAGGAGGAGCAGAGGGCCAAGCGUGCCGAGUACUAUGCCAAGCGUCGCGAGGACCGCAAUAUGAUGCUGAAGAAGACCAAGAAAGGCCAGCCCGUCAUCUCCAACCAGAUAUCUCGUUUGUUGGGAAAGCUCCAGAAGCAGUGAGUCCCAUGCGGUCUCAUAUCUCGAAACCGAUCGGGCGCCAUUCCAAUCGACGAUUAC